GGCGGAGAAAACGGAAGGGAACCGGUUGGUCAUAGGCACGCAGGCAGCGGAUCGCAUCUAAGAGUGUUAUGCAGGUGCUGCUGGUGUGAGAAUGGACUCCAUCUCCAUGUCGGCCGGCAGUGCCGCCUUCCUGCCCAACGGUGUGAAGAUGGCGGCGCCCAGAGAGUGCGGCCGACUGGCGGCGGUGGUGGGCAUCGUGGGCUCGGGCGACUUCUCCAAGAGCCUCACGCUGCGCCUGCUGCGCAGCGGCUUCGGGGUGGUGGUGGGCAGCCGGCAGCCGAAGCGCGCCGCCGAGGCCUUCCCGCACGUGGUGGACGUGACGCACCACGAGGACGCCGUGGACAAGGCUGGCGUCAUCUUCCUGGCGAUACGCCGCGAGCACUACGCCUCGCUCUGGGGCCUCAAGCACCUGCUGGUGGGCAAGGUGCUGGUGGACGUGAGCAACAACCGCCGCAUGAACCAGUACCCGGAGUCCAACGCCGAGUACCUGGCCUCCCUCUUCCCAGAGUCCUUUGUGGUGAAAGGGUUCAACGUGAUCUCGGCAUGGACCAUGCAGUCCGCACCAAAGGACACAUGCAAUCAGGUGUACGUCUGCAGUAACUCCCUGGUGGCCCGGCAGCAGGUCCAGGAGCUGGCCCGCCAGAUGGGCUUCGCGCCGGUGGACAUGGGCGCGCUGUCGUCGGCGCGCGACAUCGAGAACCUGCCGCUGCGCCUCUUCCCGGCGUGGCGGGGCCCGGUGCUGGCCGCCGUGGCCCUGUCCAUCUUCUUCUUCGCCUACUCCUUCGUGCGCGACAUCGUCCACCCGUACGUGCGCGGCGGCCAGAGCCUCUUCUACAAGAUCCCCGUGGAGGUGGUCAACCACACGCUGCCCGGCGUGGCCGUCACGCUGCUGGCGCUGGUCUACCUGGCCGGGCAGCUGGCCGCCGCGCACCAGCUGGGCUACGGCACCAAGUACCGGCGCUUCCCGCCCUGGCUGGACGAGUGGCUGGCCUGCCGCAAGCAGCUGGGGCUGCUGAGCUUCUUCUUCGCCGGCGUGCACACACUCUACAGCCUGUGCCUGCCCCUGAGGAAGUCCGACAGAUACCUGCUCAUGAACAUGGCCUACCAGCAGGUCCAUGCCAACAUCGAGAGCUCGUGGAACGAGGAGGAGGUGUGGCGGGUGGAGAUGUACCUGUCGUUUGGCAUCAUGAGUCUGGGCCUCCUCUCUCUCCUGGCCGUCACCUCCAUCCCCUCCGUCAGCAGCUCCCUCAACUGGAGGGAGUUCAGCUUCAUCCAGUCCACUCUGGGUUAUAUUGCCCUCCUGAUUGCUACAUUUCAUGGCCUGCUGUUUGGCUGGCGACGGGCCUUCGAGGAGGAGGCCUACCGGUUCUAUCUGCCUCCCAGCUUCGUGAUCGCCCUGGUCCUCCCCGUCAUGGUGAUCCUGGGCAAGAUCCUGCUGCUGCUGCCCUGCUUCAGCCGCAAGCUGCACCGCAUCCGCCGCGGCUGGCAGGCCGGCCAGGGCCGGAGGGACCCGCCGCGAUCCGCCAAUCACCUGUCCCCGGAGAGGGUCACCAUCAUGUGAUGUCACCUCCGUCCCACCACGCUCGGCCAGUCACCUGUCUCCAGAGAGGGUCACCAUCAUGUGAUGUCACCUCCGUCCCCACCACGCUCGGCCAGUCACCUGUCCCCAGAGAGGGUCGCCAUCACGUGACCUGACCUCCGUCCAAAACACCACUGGAAGCACACUGUGAUGCAGCCGACUGUGGCACCACCACUGCCACGCGACACGACACGACGGGCACAUAUUUUUUUUAUCCCGCCGCGCUCCCUCACACCCGUCUGUCCCAGCGAAGCACUCGUUCAUCACUGACAUGAUGACUGACACAGCAGUGUCUACAGCACUGACACAUUCCUGGCACCUCUCUACUCCCUAUCGACUUAGCCACUGCUUUGCCAUGGAUCACAGCAAGAUAAGUCUGAAGAUGUCUUACCUGCGUCUGUCCUGACGGCACACACACGGCCAUAUGCUUCACUGCUGUGUCUUUGCCCUGAUGAAAAACAUCAGGCUAGUCUCGCUGGUUGUUGAAAGUGGAGUUGGAAAAAAAGUAAAAAGAAAAAGAAAAAAAAAUCUGUAAUCUUGAACAUGUGCACUUUUUUUGACCCAGACCUUUCAUUGUGAUUUUUUUUGAGUGAGGGCCAAAAGUAGAUUAUAGAAACUACUGUACAGCCACAUGGAACAUGCCAUUAUUUGGAGCUGGAGAUGUACUGUAAG